UUUGUUGUAUGUGCAGUUAUCACGUAGCCGCCGCGUAUGACGGAUGCCAUCAGCGGAAUCGGACUUCGAAUCGUAGACGGUAACGGCAAUUCGUAUUGAAAUUAAAGUGCAUUUUAAUUGUAACUAAAACAAAUUACUAAUUAAAUGGAAAGGAACAAAGAAAAAUUUUGAAAAUAAAAGUGAAAUUUGAAGUGCAAAAAUGCCAAUUGAAAUAAUUGCGAACAGAAAAUGAGAUUGCCACCCCCCGGGUCGAAAGAGUGUGUGUAAAAAUAACCAUCAAGAGAGAAAGAAAAUUAUCUUCCGAAACCAAGCUGAAGGUUUUCUCUCUUUAUGUGUGGGUCUAUGGUGUGGGCGUAUGUCUGUGUGUGUGUUGUUUUGGUGUCCUAAAAUAAAAGUGCAAUAAAUAAAAAUUCCAACAACUAACAACAAGAACCAUGACAAAGAUCAUCAUCAUUUUUGUUCUACUUUGGAGCAUUUCGGAUUUUGGAUUAUAUGCUAAAUGUGAGGCUUUGCCCUUUGAGUAUUUAGAUGACGACGAUUUCAACAACUACGACUUGGACACGGUGCAAUCCCAAGCCAAAUACGAUGCUCACCUGCUAUCCCAGCAAAUGCUUAGCGAUGCUGAACUGCUAAAGCAAAGAGCAGACAGUGAAUCAGCAGACACAACACGGCGCUCAUCUCGGGCGAAGGGCGACCAAGGGGAAGGAAGGACUGCACCUGCUGCUGGCUCGACUGAAGAGGAUUUGGAACCACAUAGCAGAGCAGCGGCUUGCCUAACAAAUGGCCACAAGUAUACACAUGGGCAAAAGGUGCCGCGUUUGGAUGCCUGUGAGGUUUGUCUAUGCAUGGAUGGUGAAAUAUUUUGCUGGUGGGAGAAAUGCGAUAAGGCCAAUGUAAACAAGAUGAAGUCGUCGGGAGCAGCGGCAGCAGCAGCAAGAGCAGGAGCGGCAGGAGCAGACCAGGAUAAACGAAACGGCAAAGGCUAUGGUGAUGGUGAUGACGAUGGCGAAGGCGACUAUUCAGAUCCAUAUCGCUAUGAGAGCACAACGAGAGAAUCAACAAAACUGCAUAAAAUGGCAACAGGGAGGGCCAGAAAAGUUGGCAAGCGGCAUAAGCAUUAUAAGAAUCAAAAGAAUUUUAAUGACUAUGAAGUUUACCACAGCCGCAAGCAAAAGUUGCUAGGGGAUUAUGAAAAUUAUAAAAAGCUGCCAAAGCAGCAGCAACAGCAACAGCAACUGCAGCAAAAACAAAAGCCAAAGAGUGACGAAACUGAGACAGAAACUGGCAACAAGCAACAGCAACAUCAACAGAUACAACAACAAGAACAGCAGCAGCAGCACCAGCAGCAAGAGCAGCAGCAUCAAAAGUUGACGACUUCAAUGCCCGUUAAUCCAGCAAAGGAAACGCAUUAUCCAGAGUCAACGCCACAUCCCCAUACCCAUCCACAUGGCCAUGCCCAUGGUCAACCCCAUCCUCAUCCAGUGCACUCGUCCAGUAAAAUCUUAAAUUUUCCCGAAAACUUGCCCGCCUUACUUUAUUACGACUACAAAACAGAGGAGCAUGAACAUCAUCAACAUCAGCAUCAUCAGCAACAUUUAAUGCAUGAAAGACAACGCUUGCAACAGCAACACGAGGAGGCGGAGGCACGUCAAAAGGCAGCAAUGGCAGCAGCAACAGCAGCUGUUGAUAAAAGCCUUGAUGAGGCGGAAACCGACAAUGACAGCGAUAUUUUGCCAGAACCGCCAACAAAGGGGCCACCAGUAACCCCAGCAACAUCAUCGACAAUGCCAACUUUAUUUACAACAAGAUCCAACGAAAGGGCGACAACUCUGGCAGCCACAAAUGUGCAACAUGAGAAGAUGAUGGAACAAGAUGAUGAUGCAUUUCAUCGUUGGCUAACAUCCACAGAGCUGAAUGUUGAAAAUACCAAUACACUGGACGUUAGCUUGGAGCAGGAAAAAACAUCAGCAUCAACGAUAAUCGAUGAUGUUGCUGCUGCGUCUGCUGCUGCUGUUGUCAAUAGAAGUGACAGCAGCAACACCAACACCAACACCAAUAUCAACAACAACAAUAACGUGGCCGAUGCUGUAUUCUUUCGCAGCUCGUACAAUGAUUAUAGCAGCGAAUUCAAUGGCAGUGUUGUCAAUAUUGACAUUACACUAACUGCAGUUGAUGUGCAUCCACAUGGCCAUACCAAAACUGAAACCCAUCAGCAAACGGAUUUAAUUGCAAAUGGCAACAGCAACAUCAACUCGACAGCAGCAGCAGCAGCAGCAGCAUCGACAACAACAAUGGCACCAGGAACAGGAACAACAAUAGAACCAGAGGCAGUUUCCAUCCACAGUAACAGCAAUCACAAACAGCAGCAGCCGGAGCAGGAGGAGCAUCCUCACUUGAGUACAUUUAUUCCACUCUUCAAGCCGACAACGAUUAUAGCAACAACAUCAGAGGCAACAGCAUCAACGCCACUGGCACCAGGGCGUAUGUGCAAUGUUUUAGGCAAAUUGUAUAGAAUUGGUGACAUAUUGCCCCAGGAUACGGGCAACUGUUUGCAGUGCAUUUGCACCGAUGCGGUUACACCGGAUGAGAUGCCCAGCGUCACCUGCAGCCCACACAAUUGUCCGCCAUUGGUUUUGCCGGAUCUAUUCGAUGCGACUGGUUACUGAGGUUACGGGUUUGUGCUAUAAGUGCUAGCAAUGGCAUUGGCAACUGGCAACUCAAAAUGAGGAUGAUGAUGACCAUGGCGAUUAUGGUGGCAGACAGUACUUAUAAUUUCGUUUCUAUCAUUCUCACGGAGCAACCACAAAACUUUAUAACUAACUCAAACUCGAAACGUAUAUAGGAAUUAAAUGGAUUUCAAUGUCAAAGCCCUCCCUUACACAAGAGAAAACCAAAUACCUAUCAGCAAUACAUAUAUCAAAACUUGCAACAAAUAAAUCUUAUAUCUAUCUAUAUACAUAUAUAUAUAUAUAUACAUUUGUGUAAAUCGACUUAUAGAGAGACAUUUUAGAAAGUCAAAAGGUCUAGUUGAUAAGCUGUGAAUGUUUAUGCAUUUUUAAAUAAAUGGACCCUUCUUUUCCCUCCCCGCAACUUCCUACCCUACCAAUAGCAAAGAAAACUAUAACAAAUGAGUGUAUAAACCAGUAGAAAAAAAACAUUUCCAAGAAUUUAUAGAUGUAUUUACUAUAAAACUAACCACAGAAACCAUGAAAAGAAUUAUUUAUAUGGAUAUCUCAUGAUAACUAUAUAUAAAUACAUAUAUCUAAUAUUUUCUUUUGUCUUUAGUUCGAGUUCAUUUAUCAAUCAUUUUUCUGACUGAUGUGUGAGAGACAAAAAAAAAAUGAAAAGAAAUAAAG